AUCUCAGCCGGGAUGUCAUAUUAUCCGGGAUGUCAAACCUUUAAAGUUAAUAUCGAUUCGUAUCGCGUGACAUGGAUCCAGACCGACUUGCUCCUCUAAAUCUUCUCUUGAAGGCGAAAACGAAAGUACUUGUUGUGGGACUCUUUCAGGAAGCGUUUAGAUAUCGCAGCAGAUCUGCUUACCCUGAUGCUGCGAUUGAUUCCACUGCUGAGUCUCUAGGCGUGGAGAGAGCUCAUGUUGUUGAGCUGUAUAAGGCUAUAGCUCUUGUGAUAAAUACAUGUCUGUAUGAAGGAUUUUCUGAACCUGAAACAUUGGCAGCCAUGUUUCCAGAAUCAUUUCACAAAAAUCUGAAGGAGCUCAUUGUGAAAAUAAUUGUCGAAAACUUGGACAGUUGGAGACAGUCAGUAGCAGGCAGCCAAGUAUCUCUUCCAAGGUUGCAAGAUUUCGAUUGGCGAAUUGACAUCAAAUCAUCGGCUAACUCGAUGGCUAGAAUGUCGGUCCCCACAUGCAUUGUGCAGAUGCAAGUUCAAGAAACACCGAGAGAUGUGGAAACAAUGGCUUCUAGAAAGAAUGUCAAUAUUGAGUUUACUAAGGAGACUUUAGAGACUAUGUUGGAUGGACUAGGAAAAAUAAGAGACCAAUUGUCAUCGGUUGCUGCACGUCAGUCGUAGCUCAUGUCAGGGAGUUUGGGUCUAAAAACACUGGGUUGUGUCUGAAAUGAAUCAUUGGGCUUACUGUAUGUCUUGAUUUGACUUCAGAUUCAAAAUUAUACAGAAAUUAAGUAUCCAAA